UUACAGUCACGUUUAUACUUCGUGAUCGAUCGGCCAUUGUUUGUUGUUGUUUUAUUGGAUUUGACGUUAGUUCGUCUGCAAACACACAAGUUUUAGUUGAAAUAGAUAGUGAAAAACCACCUUGGUGAAACUGACAGCUGGCGCACGCGUAGAAUUAUCUAAAGCUGUUGCUCAACCCAGCAAAGUAGAACUUGCAAUGAACUAGUUUCGGUUAAUUCACUAUAUCGUCGCAACAAAAAAUAUCUGAAAUGGCUACUGGUGGACCGUCAAGACGACGAUCAAACCCUGCAAAAGGUGAACUGAGUGAUGAUCAGAUGAAUAGUAUUUAUGAAGCCUUUGCUGUAUUUGAUGUAGAAAAAAGUGGCAAAAUUGCAUCCCAAAACCUUAAGCUGGCAAUGAGAGCACUUGGUUUCGAACCCCGAAGAGAGGAGAUAAAAAAGAUUAUCAGUGAAUAUGUCAAAGAUGAAUCUGAUUACAUUACUUUAGAACAAUUUUUGAGUCUCAUGACAGAGAAGAUAGCUGACAAGGGAGCAAAGGAAGAAAUUUUCAAGGCUUUUUGCCUUUUUGAUGACGACCAUACUGGAAAAAUCACAUUCAAGAACCUCAAACGUGUAGCUGAGGAACUUGGAGAAACUCUCAGUGAAGAAGAACUUAGAGAGAUGAUUACAGAAGCAGAUCAAGACAAUGAUGGAGAAAUUAACCAAGAUGAAUUCUUAAGAAUCAUGAAAAAGACAUGUCUUUACUGAAUACCACAAUGAUCUAGAAAUGCCAAAUUUGUCUUGCUAUCAGCAUUAUCUGUACAAUCAGCUACGUACAAUCUAUUGUUCCCACUUUGGAUACUUUGUGUAUUUAUUUACUGUAUUUGUAUUAAGAUUUGAUGUGAAAAAGUGUAAUUUUCGUUGAUAAAACCGCGUUUAUUGAAACAAGUUUUUUUUUUUUACUACAUAGACCCGAUUACAAUACCAUUUCUAACAUCUAAUAAAGAUAAACUUCGAGGAGUAGCAAUACAUUACACCUCGGCUAACGACUACGUUGACGGAAGGGUG